CGGAGGCUCUCCUCUUUCCCCCACCCUCAAAACCCUAAUCCUCCAUCGCCGCCGCCGCCGCCGCCAAAGUCUCCGAUCCGCGCUCGAUCCAUGGCCUCUCCGUCGCCGCCGCCGUCGCCGAUCUGCGCCCGAUCCAUGGCCACUCCAUCGCCGCCGCCCGCGGUGCAGCCUCCGUCGGAUGUCACGCCAGCCCCGCUGCUGCCCGACGCCAGUGCAUCAGCCGCCGACGCCUUCCAAAAGCUCAGUCUCCACGUUACCCAUGCCUCUUUGGGUCUCGAAACCCCUGUCGACGGUGAUGACUACGGCGGGGGAUCCUGCAGCAAGCCGCCGGCGCCGGCACCCAAGAAGAAAACCAAGUCCAAGUCGUCGAAGAGGGACGAAAACAGCAUCUGGACCAGGUCCACCUCCCGCAAGCGCAAGAAUAAGAAGGCGACGCCGCAGCAGCGGGCCGCCGCCGCUCAGCCCUGGCCUGGCGCCGCCGGUGCCGAGGAGUGCGCGCCGGGGCAGCCCGUGCUCCUCUCCCGCGUCUUCAAGUCCGAGAGGAUCCUGCUCUUGGCUGACCGCCUCACCGCCGCCAGCUCCAAGGGCUACCGCAUGGUGCGCGCCACGCACGGCGUCGCGGCCGGAGCCUGGUACUUCGAGGUCAAGGUCAUCCACCUCGGCUCCACCGGCCACGCUCGCCUCGGGUGGGCGACCAACAUGGCGGACAUCGACAUGCCCGUCGGUUGUGGCGCGUAUAGCUUUGGGUACCGUGACAUCGAUGGCGCAAAGGUGCACAUGUCCUGGAGGGACAGCUAUGGGGAAGAAGGGUACGGGGAAGGAGAUGUGCUAGGGUUUUACAUCUCUCUGCCUGAUGGCGAGAGGUAUGAGCCUCAAGUGAAUCUGAACAAUAAGGGCAAGCCUUUUCUUGUGCAAGGGCAGGACGCACAGGCUCAUGUUCCAGGGAGUAAGAUAUGCUAUUUCAAGAAUGGGGUAUGCCAAGGCCUUGCCUUCGAGGACAUUUUAGGAGGGAGGUAUUACCCAGCCGCAUCACUGUAUACUAUGCCCAACAAGCCCAACUGUGUAGUAAAAUUUAAUUUUGGGCCAAACUUCAACUUCUUCCCACAAGAUUUUGGUGGGUUGCCGAUCCCUCAACCAAUGAGUGAGGUGCCUCGUCAGGCUUUGAGGUGAGGUGAAAAUUGGUGUGCCUGCAGAUAGUUAUAAGGAUCUAGUAGGGUAGUUAGCAUCCUGUGUUAGCUAUGUUAAAUACCCUUGUGUAAACACCAGAGAGGCCCAUGGAUACAUGGUGAAGUUGCUCGAGACUAGACUAUAUGCUUAAUUAUGUUUGUCACCAAAUGGGUGUAAUCUUUCAUGUGACUGUAUGCUUAUGUUUUUAAACUUUCCUGUGAUUCAGUGA